AUGCAGGGUAGAAAAAGAGAAGUACCCUCAGCAGAUACCCAGGGGGAAAGCCAGGGGCCCCCGGGGGCCCCCGGGGCCCCCGGGGGGCCCCCCAGGCGCCGCAGGGUACAGUUUGCUGAGGAGUUAACAAUACAUGAAGCAGCAGCAGCAGCAACAGCAGCAGCAGCAGCAGCAACAGCAGCAGCAGCAACAGCAGCAGCAGGAGGAGAUGAACACAAAGGAGACUCACCAGCAGCAAUAGCAGCAGCAGCAGCAGCAGCAGCAGCAGCAGCAGGAGAUGAUGAUGCUGCUUUGGCAGAUAUUCUUGACGCUAAAUUCUCAAAAAGCAGGGCAGAUGCUGGGUUUGACGUUUAUGAUGCAGCAGCAGCAGCAGAAGCAGCAGGAGAAGAGGACCCUAACCAAAUGCGGGAGAAGUUCCUUUAG